CCGAACAAGGGGUAGUGAAAAAUGGAAAAUGAACAUUGAAAAGUAAGAAAUAAAAAUAAAGAAGAAUACAAAUAUCAAAAAUUUGCUUUUUUUUUCAAAAACAUUCGAGGAAAAUAAAAAUACACGCAAAUUUAAUAACAAGUUGAAAGUCAUUUGUUUGUUUACUUGGAUUUUUAAAGUCACCUAUUUCUGGUGUAAAUAAAUAAAGCAAAUAAGCACUUAAAAUGGUUCAUAAUUGGAAAAGCUGGUGUCGCCUGUGUGCUGCAGAAGACCCCACAAAAAUGCACACAAAUAUUACCCUGAAAUCCGAACUUGAAACCACAUUUUUGGAUGCCAUAAGCAAACACCUUUCAAUCGACAUACAAAUCAAUGAUUGGCCUCAGAGCAUCUGCACUCAAUGCCAUGAAUAUGUUACUGGUCUUAUUAGCUUUGCCCGUAAAGCUUCGAGAGUUCAAACAAUGUUUGCCGAGCUCAUGGGCAGCAACGUCGAACUUCUUGAUUCAGAGCAAUUGAGAGCGAAAUAUGAACUAGGAGAUGAUGUCAAAUUGGAUAUACCAGAUCCAGAUCCUAAUUCAACACCAUGCGUUGGAGAGUUCGAGUUCAUCGAUGAGAAGAUGGUAAAUGUUCCACAAAUUAAGACCGAAGAAGUUGAGGAAGAUGCAGGUGAUGGUGAAGACGACAACGAUAACGAGAGUAACGCCUCGGACGGAGACUGGCAACCUGACCGCGAUGAUGGCUCUUCCAAUGAUGAAGAUGACGAUGGAAACACCACCAAAGUGACGACAAAAAGUGAGAAUGACGACGAUGACCAGGAAAAUGAAGACAAAAAAGAAGCCAAGAGACGAGGAAGACCUAAGAAAAAGGCUCAACAAUAUAAUUGUUCCACAUGCAACAUGGAAUUGCCAUCGUAUGCAAAGUACUCACGUCACAUGCUCAAAUUGCAUGAAAUCACCGUCGAGCCAUUGGCAUUUGUUUGUCAGAAAUGCAACAAAUCCUUUGCGACGGAGAAACUAUGCCAAAAACACGAACUCACUCAUGAGUCGCCUCAUCAAAAAGUCACUACUUGUCCAAUUUGUAAUCAGGGAUUCAAAAAAAAUAAACUCACACGUCACAUAAGAGAAGAACAUGCCGGAGCAAAGCCAUUUGCGUGCGAAGAUUGUGGCAAGUCUUACACAACAUUUGGCAACCUCAAAGAGCACAGAUUGGCACACUCCGAGGAAAGACCUUUCAAAUGUCGCUAUUGUGGGAAGGGAUUCAAAAACAAUGCACGAUUAAGGACUCAUGAGGACACCCACAACGACACAAAUUACAUAUGUACCUGCUGCGGAUUGCAGUUAAACACCCGACGAACCCUAAACAUGCACAUGUUGGUCCAUUCAGAAGAGAAGCAGCACAAGUGUGACAUCUGUGGGAAGGCGUACAAACGAGCCAAAAACCUUAAGAUUCACCUCAUCAUGCAUGCGGGGCUAAAGUCCUACAUGUGCUCCUUCUGCGACAAGACUUUCACCUGCAAUGCAAAUUGUCGAAUUCACAUGAAGAAGAUCCAUCCAGUUGAAUUGGCAUCAUUGGAGGCAUCUGGAGCAAAGAUUUCAAAUGCAAAGAUUCCCAAAAUGAAAGAACUACGUGAAGCAAUAUCCAAAAAGGUAUUGUGCCAAGACUCAAGAGGAUCUAUGGAAUUAGAUUCAACGAGUAGUAUGCCGGCAAUGGGUGGAGAUUUUAAACAGCUUGUAGGUGAUAAUCAAGCAUCGGUAGCGACAGCAGCAGCAACGGGAAUGUUAAUGACGACGACAGCCACGGCGACCCCAACACCGACGCAAAACAACGAACAGCCCACAACUCAACAUCCAAGUCAAUAUUUUUUCCUAAAUAGGAUGAACUUUAACCAACUUAAUGCCAUAGUUUUGUUGCUUAAUUCUAAUGGCGAAGAACGAGAUCAUGUUCUUAGAAGAAGGAUUAUGGACGCAUCAAAUCCGUUUGAGUUGGACGAUUUAAAAUUUGUAAGGAACUUUCGCCUCAAUAAACGGGCAUUUAAAUAUGUCUUGGAUGAGCUUUCCAUCGAGAUACAGGGGGGAACUUCUUUGUCCAUACCGCCCAUUUUAAUGCUAGCUUCAACCUUGCGCUUUUUUGCCGAAGGAGGCUACCAAUUUGGAGUCGGAAAAGAUGCUACACUUAAGAUGUCCCAAUCAUCGGUAUCCAAGUGCAUAAAAAUUGUUUUAAAUAAACUGGAAGUCAAACUUGGCACAAAAUGGAUUAACUUUAAAUUAAAUCACGAGGAAAAGGAAGAAAUGAGACUACAUUUCUUCGAAAAAUUUGGCUUUCCGGGAGUAAUAGGAUGCGUUGAUGGAACGCACAUUGCCAUCAAAUCUCCUGCAUUGGAACUGAGACACUUAUUUUACAAUAGAAAAGGAUUCCACAGUUUGAACGUUAUGAUAAUCUGUGACCAUAAAAUGAGAAUAAGGUUUGUGGAUGCCACUCACCCUGGUGCAACGCAUGAUGCCUUAGCUUGGAAGGUAUCUGCAGCGCGCUCACAUCUACUGCAACAAUAUACCGGAACAGAACUAAGAAACAACUGGCUCUUAGGUGACGCAGGGUAUCCACUAGAACCUUGGUUAAUGACACCAUUCCGAUCUCCGGUUCCAGGAAGCAUUGAAAGCAAGUAUAAUAUUCAGCUUUCCAAGGCACGAAACAUCAACGAACGGACAAUUGGCUUGCUGAAAAAUAGAUUCAGAUGCUGUCUUAAGGCCAGACAGUUGCAUUAUUCUGCAGAGAAAGCUGCUCAAAUCACUGGCAGCUGCAGCAAACCCAAUAUGGUCACUAGUUGGAAAAGCUGGUGCCGUCUCUGCGCCGGAGAAGAUCCUAUUAAUACCCAUAUCAACAUUCAAUUACAAAAUAAACUUGAAUCCGCAUGUUUGGAUGCAAUAAGAAAACACUUUUCAAUAGAUAUAAAUCUUAGCGAUUGGCCUCAGAGCAUCUGCACUCGGUGUCAUGAAUAUGUUGAAGACUUCAUUAGCUUCUCCCAAAAAACGUCAAGAGUUCAAACAAUGUUUGCUGAAAUAUUGGCCCAUAACGACGAAGUUGAUUUGGAGAAAUUGAGAGUAAAAUACGAACUUGCCGAUGUUAAACUGGAUAUCCCAGAUCCGACUCACAACAUUGGAGGUUUCGAGUUCAUUGGUGAAGAGAUGGUAAAUGUUCAUCAUAUUAAAACGGAAGAAAUUGAACAAGACACCAAUUGGCAACCUCAGCAAACUGAUGACUCCUCCAAUUUCGACGACGAAGACGAUGAUGAUGAUGAUGAAAGUUACAAGGUAGUGACAAAAUACGAGAAGGAACAGAACGACGAGAAAGGAGAAGAAAAUCAAACAAAUGAAAAACGAAGAAGGCUCAAAAAGACCUACACUUGUUCCGUAUGCCAAAAGCAAUUAAGUUCGCAUUCAAAGUGCAUGCAUCACAUGCUGAAAGUGCAUAAGGUAACCGCAGACCCACCACUAACCCAUAAAAUCACUCCUUGUCCAUAUUGUGAUCAGGAAUUCAGGAAAAAUAAACUAGGAAGUCACAUUCGAGAAGCUCAUGUCGGAGCGAAACCAUUUGUGUGUGAAGAUUGUGGCAAGGCUUACACAACACUCGGUAAUCUCAAGACGCACAAAUUAAGUCACUCAGAGGAAAGGCCUUUUAAGUGUCGGUACUGUGAGAAAGGCUUCAAAAAUCAACCACGAUUAAAGGCCCACGAGGAUACUCACCAGGACACCAAUUACAUCUGCACAUCGUGUGGAUUGCAGUUAAACACCCGAACCACCCUAAAGAUGCAUAUGCUGGUCCAUUCCGACCAAAAACGGCACAAAUGUGAUUUCUGCGGAAACGAGUACAAACGUGCAAAAGCCUUAAAGAAUCAUCUUAUUCUGCAUACUGGAUUGAAGCCCUAUACGUGUAAUUUCUGUGAUAGGACCUUUGCUAACGCUUCGAACUGUCGGAGUCAUAAGAAAAAAUCACACCCGGCUGAAUUGGCAGCAAUGGAGGCAGCUGGAACGAAAAUUUUCAAUUCUAAUGUUCCCAAAUUGGAAGAACUACGAGCUGCAAUUUCCAAUAAAUCAGGUUUAAUUCAAGAGCCUGUAAUGAGAACACUUAAAUCAAAUUAUCCAAAUCCAGGAAGAAUGGUCACUAAUUGGAAAAGUUGGUGCCGUCUUUGUGCCCGCGAAGACUCUGCCAAUACCCAUAUCAACAUUCAACUACAAAAUGAACUUGAAUCCGCCUAUUUGGAUGCAAUAGGCAAAUACUUUUCAAUCGAUAUUACCCUUGACGAUUGGCCUCAAACUAUCUGCACUCGAUGUCAUCAAUUUGUAACGAAUUUUAUAAACUUUGUUCAUAGAACAUCUAAAGUGCAAGCCAUGUUUUCCGAGCUCUUGAGCAAUCUUGAGGAACUUGAUGUGGAACAGUUGAAAGCUCAAUAUGAACUUCAUGAACUUGGUGAUGUUGAAUUGGAGCUAAAGCUUUUCUCUGGUAGUCCAACACAAGACAAUUUUGAUCCGAAGGCGAACAUCGGAGCGGAAGUUUCCUCAGAACAUAUGAUCGACCUCGAAGAGCUCGAGUACAUCGACGAAGAAAUGCUUAAUCCUCCUGAAAUUAAGUCUGAACAUCUAGAGGAUGAAGAUGAAGAAGAAGAAGCUGAGGAGGUGUAUGAUGAGGAAUGGCAUGGUCAACUUGAACUCGAUCACGAAGAUGACUCGGACAAAAGCAUCAACAUGACAACAAAAUGUGAGAGCCAAGAAGAACAUGAAGAUGAGGACGAAGACAACAAAGCAAAACCAAAGAUUAAAAAACGAGGGAGACCCCGAAGAAAACAAGAGACUUUUUCGUGUUCCGAAUGCUCAAAGCCAUUCUACCCGUACACAAAGUACGCCCACCACAUGCAGGAAGAACAUGCAGUCACAGUCGACCCAAUGCCAUAUUCGUGUGCGAAAUGUAACAAAGCCUUUUCCACUAAAAAAUCAUAUCACAGCCAUGAACUCACGCACCUGCCUCACGAACAGAAACUCAAAAUUCCCUGUCCGUAUUGUGAGAAGAAAUUCACAAAAAUGGACGUCGUACAAGGUCAUAUUCGGGCAGUUCAUUUCGGUGAAAAACCAUUUAUCUGUGAGGAAUGUGGCAAGGGUUGCAAAACAUUCGGAGCCCUCAAAGAGCACAAAUUAACACACACCGAGGAAACUCCUUUCAAAUGCCGCUACUGUGAGAAAAGCUUUAAAAAUAAGUCACGAUUAAAGACUCACGAAGACACUCACAAUGAGACAAAUUACAUCUGCACUUCGUGUGGAUUACAGUUAAAUACCCGGCGCACGCUAAAGAUGCACAUGCUUGUCCACUCCGAUCAAAAACGGCACAAAUGUGAUUUCUGUGGAAACGAGUACAAACGUGCAAAAGCCUUAAAGAAUCACCUUAUCUUGCAUACAGGAUUGAAGCCCUACACCUGUAAUUUCUGUGACAAGACUUUUGCCAAUGGUUCGAACUGUCGGAGUCAUAAGAAAAAGGCUCAUCCAGUUGAAUUGGCAGCGAUGGAAGCAACUGGAACAAAAAUUAUCAACCCGAACAUUCCCAAACUGGAACAACUGCGAGCAGUAACGUCCAAUAAAUCAGCUAUAAUUCAAGAGCCAAUUAGUUCCAUAGUUCAACUCGGCAAAGAAUUUGGAUCCACAAUUAGUAUUGUUACUAUGCCCGAUGAUAUGGAAUCAUUGAGGGACGAUAGUCAGACAACGACAACGACAAUGCCAACGACGACGCUUAAGGAAGAACAAACAAUCAAUCAACAGCAUCAAAAUUCAAGCUUAGAUUAUGAACACAACUCCAUGGGUUAUGGGCAACUUGAAGCAAGCUAGAAAUAUGGCUUCUUGUUACCUAUUAUUGAAGGUUUUUCAAGGAAAUCACAGAAUAUGUACAUAAUUCCAGAUUGCUGCUUUCGACGGAGAGCCCCUUACUCAGUUGAAAUUUGAUGACAUGUUUUUGCCUGUUCGUUGAGUUUUGAUAUGGAAUCUUUCACAAAUGAUUGUAUUUGUUUUGACUUUAAGAUAAAACAAUUAGUGUGUAGUAUCUAAAGUUCAAAUGAAAAUAAAUGAAUUUUUAUCCGUGUA